GUAGCUUACUUUCGGGAAUUAGGAAUGUCUGAAAGAAACGGUACUGAUUGCAAAUCAGAAAAUAUGGAGGCAGUGGUGAUUGAAAACAUAGCCGUGGUAUCGGCAGAAGAAACAGACCAAAAGACAUCGGGUUCUGUAAUGAGUUUUCACAACGUAUCAUACACUGUAGAAGUAAACAAACCUUGUGGAUUUUGCCGUAGGUCGGAUAAAAUAGUGAUUCUCAGCGACAUUAGUGGCGUUAUGCCCCCCGGUCUUAAUGCAAUUAUGGGACCAACUGGGAGUGGUAAAUCCUCUCUGCUUGAUGUAUUAGCAAACAGAAAAGACCCCGCUUGCUGCAGUGGCGUUGUGCUUUUAGAUGGCCAACCAAUACCGAAAAAUUUUCGUUAUCUGAGUGGUUAUGUUGUUCAAAAUGAUCUUUUAGUUCCAACAGCAUCUGUUAGAGAAACGUUAUGGUUUUGCGCAAAUCUUAGACUACCAACUUCGAUUUCACAAGAUGACAAACGAAAUAGGAUUGAUAAUAUAUUGAAAGAUUUGGGGUUGCUUGCUUGCGCUGAUACCAAAGUAGGAAAUGAAAUCAUUCGUGGUAUUUCUGGAGGAGAAAAGAAAAGAACUUCUAUCGGUAUAGAGCUUCUAUUGGAGCCCAAAAUACUUUUCUUGGAUGAACCUACAACCGGGUUGGAUUCGGCGACAGCAUUGUCAGUCAUGAUUCUUCUCAAGCGGCUUGGAGAACAGGGACAUACAAUCGUAUGCUCCAUUCAUCAACCACGUUAUAGCAUUUAUAAACUGUUUGAUUCUCUGACUCUCCUUUCUGACGGAGAAUUAGUUUAUCACGGCGAUGCUACUAACUCCAUUCAAUUUUUUGAAAAUCUUGGAUAUAUUUGCGAGACUCAUGACAAUCCGGCAGAUUUCUUUCUUGACAUUUUAAACGGUGAUCACAAGAGGGCCAUUACUUGUUCUUCCGCCGAUGGGAAAUCAGUGUCAGUAAAUAAAGAGUUAGGAAAAAUCCUGAAGACGGCUUAUAAAGAGAAUGAAAGCGCAGUAUCUUUGCAAGAAAAAGUGAAUAAAAUUGAAGAGGCUGUCUACGAGGCGGAAAACACCCACGGUCAAAUGUACCCCACAAGUUUUAGACAUCAAACAAAAAUAUUAAUUAGACGUACUGCCAAGAACAUGGUACGUCACCCGCAAUCGCUACUAGCGAAUGCCGCGAGUAACGUGGUAAUAGGACUGGUAAUAGGACUAAUUUAUUAUCAAUUAGACAAGUCCACAGACAUAGGAGUUCAAAAUCGCUUGGGAGCAUUAUUAUUCAUCAUUGCAAUCUUAUUGAUGCGAUUUAUGCUUGUUGUUAACACAUUCUGCAGAGACCAGCCCAUAUUUCGACAUGAGCAAAUUUCAGGGUACUACAGCGUUCCUUCUUAUUUUGUUUCAGAAAUCAUUGCAGAUCUCAUUCCACUUUGUACAAUAUCUCCCAUAAUAUUGAGUGCCAUAUCCUAUUGGAUGGUUGGGUUUAAAGCAGAACCCGGAGCAUUUUUCACAUUUCUACUGACUGUAAUUCUAACCAGCUAUGGUGCAGUUGCAACAGGGAUAUUUUACUCAGCGUCUUUGACACCAAAUAUUGGAAGCAUUAUGUUAAUGUUAACAUUCGUAUGCAGCAUCCUGUUUUCUGGUGCGUUGGUGAACGCUGGGAGCGUGAUGCCUUGGCUGUCUUGGUUACAGUAUUUAAGUUUAGCUCGAUAUAGUCUUGUUGCAUUGGCUGUCAACGAAAUGCGAGGGCAAAUAUUUUUUUCUUGUACCAACUCCACGUCUCAGCCUUCUCCCCCGACAGGCUAUUAUGGUUCGGUAAACUACACCGGUAAUAUAAACGAGAACAAGACAAUUUGUGUGUCCGUGAAAGGGGAAGAGUAUCUUCACACCAGUCUUAACGUCGGAGAAAGUGCACAAAAUAUUACGGACUGGGAUAUGUGGCAAAACCAUGUUUCUAUGUGCUGUAUUAUUGUCGGUUUACAUAUUCUAACUUAUAUUCAACUAGCACGUAGACGAACUUAUUCUUAAAAUGUCUGCAUAUUUUCUAUUGUUCACCACAAAGUUAUCAGAAUCUUACUAUUUCGCCUCACCUGAGUUUCCCCCUCGACAUUUCAGCCAGAUCCUCAAACAAACAAAAAAAUAUAUCCCGCGUAUCUGCUUAGUAGUCAAUAAAAUUAUGUGAAUUUAUUUUCAAUUUAUACCUGAAAUAUUGUCCCAAUGCUUAAAUAUAUUUAUAUACGGUACCCUGUACUGAUACAGGAGGUACCGUAGCCUACGGGUACAGGACUACAGGUAGGCGACAGCUGCCCGUCUAUUACCGGUAAUAAUCAAAUUUUACUAUUUUUAAUAUAAAACCUAUUGUCUCGAUUCAAUUUAUUGUACAGCGUAAUUUGUGUUCGAUUGAUUUUUUUACUGAUUGGA